UUAGUUCUUUAAACUCAGUUCCAUCGUUGUUUCAAGUAACACUUAAGAGAUUAUAGGAAGAUGAGUGGUUUCGAGCAUCUCAAACUCAAUAUACAUUACGGAGGAGAUUCAUUAAUCAAGGAUGAUGUGUUCGAUUAUGUUGGAGGGUCUGUCGAGAAAGACAUGUUGAUGGAUCCCGAUUUGAUGACAUGGUCCAUUUUUGAGGAUUUUUGUAAGAAGAAUGGAGUCUGUGGAGAAGUUGAACAAGUUUGGUACAAGCUUCCUCAUGAGGAGAAAGGAUCAUCCCGACUUAUAGAAGACGACAAAGAUGCUAUGUUGUCAGACACUAUCUCACAUCUUUCUGGCAAGCCAACUACAAGGAUAACAUACAACCAGUAAAUGGAGAAAGAUUGUGGACAAGAACUGGCAAAGGCACAAUUGAGGUUCCUGAUAAAAGGAAAAAGAGAGGGCG